AUGCUUCGCAACGGAAUGGAACCAUUCAUGCGUCCAAUCUCCCAUUGUGACCCUUGUGGAUCUUUCCCACUGGAUGGAAAGGAUCUUAACUCCGUCACAGAUGAGGCUCUAGCAACACUUCUCACAUCUGCUCCUAUUAUCCAUCAGCUAGGUAGGACAACAGUUGUGCGGCUCUCAAAGAACUUGGUCAUGAAGGGCGGUGGGGGUGUCCUGGCGAGUGAAGCGGAAAUGCUCGGUCUUAUUGCUUCUAGAACCAGCAUUCGAGCCCCACGAGUCCAUCGGUCAUUUGUGGUCGAAGAUGACACGCAAUACUUCGGCAUAUCAGGCUACAUUGUGAUGGAUUUUAUCCAAGGUCAACCUCUGGAUGAAUGCUGGGACAGCCUAUCCCGCGACAUCCAAGGGGAGAUCGCUGCGCAGGUUGCAGAAAUAAUCAAAGAGAUACAGUCUAUUGAGCUUUCACAGCCUGGUCCUAUUGGCGGAGAACCGUGUUGGGGUCUGUUCUUUACAGAUUAUAGUGCCGGGCCUUUUAUGGGCACUGCUGAAAUGGAAGCCUGGUUUAACCACAAGCUUGAUAUCUGCAAGAGAUUCAAUAGGGCUCCAAAAGACACUCCACCAUUCCAUUUCACCAAGUUUGUCCUUACGCAUCAAGACAUCAGUCCUCGAAACCUGAUCUUAGAUCAGCAUAAAAAAGUGUGGAUGAUAGACUGGGCAUAUUCUGGUGCAUAUCCCCCCCCCCGUCUUUGA